ACGCUUGAAAAAUUUGUCGUACGACAAAUGUAAUAGUACCCUGAAAGCACCCGUAUUGGUCGUUGGGGCAAGCAGAAGCAAGUUGGAGCAUGCAAGGCGAACAGACCUCUAGCAUCGUGGACACAGGCCUUUACGCGUCGCGUCUAGAUAUUCGUCCGGCGUUUAUGGUUGUGGACCUUCCGUUUCGCGUCGUUGUCGGCACUGAUCGGCGCUGCCGAGAGUGCCACACCGGUUAAUAUAUUUGAAUUUUGGACAGUGUAACGUAUCGCUCGAUGUUUUUCACCUGUUGCUCUCGAUUUUUCAUGUGACAGACGUGUGUCUACGUUCUCUUCCAGAAUGGUAAACGUGACUGGCAUCUUAACACGGGACAGAAAAGAGGACAUGAGGACAUCUGCGGAGGAUAUGGACGAGGAACGCAGAAGAGAUCUGUCGUAUCACUAUCUUUGUCACUUGGAGGAAGCCAAGAAAUGGAUGGAAGCCUGCCUGAGAGAGCCGUUACCUCCGUCGAUCGAGCUGGAGGAGAAUCUUCGCAACGGAGUGUAUUUGGCCAAGCUCGGAAACUUCAUGGCACCUAACGUUUUACCAUUGAACAAAAUCUACGAUACCGAGCAGCGCAGAUACAAAGCUGUCGGAUUGCAGUUUCGUCAUACGGACAACAUAAAUUACUUUUUAAAGUGCUUGGAAUCCGAGCGUCUACCGUUGACAUUUCUGCCAGAAACGACAGACAUAUACGACAAGAAGAAUAUGCCGCGGCUGAUAUAUUGCAUCCACGCUCUUAGCAAGCAUUUAUUUAAAUAUGGGAAAGCACCACCAAUGCCGGAUUUGUAUGGGAAAGUAAAUUUCUCUGAUGAGGAAAUCGAUACCGUUACUAAAGAAUUGCAGAAGCACGACAUUCAAAUGCCUGCCUUUCAAAAAAUAGGAGGUCUAUUGACGAACAGCAUUACCACAAACACGGCCACUCUUCACGACGCCGUUAUCGCAAUUAAUCAAGCUGUGAUAGAUAAUGAUAACGAUAAGAUUUUGCAAAAACUUCAAGGUAAAGAGAUGCAGUUGAGUAACGUUAAACCUGCUUACAUAGAAAAGUAUAGCAAGACAUUGGCGGAAGCGAAAGCUGCAAAAACAGAGACGGCACUUAACAAGUCCCUUAACGACAGCUACGUAGCGGAUGAGUAUGAUGAAUUGUUAACGCAAGCAGAAAUACAAGGGCACAUUAAUUAUGUAAAUGCCUCUUGCGCACUGGAACUCGUUGUUUCGUCUUUAUCGCACGACAAUGCUGAAAUAAUAGCUGCUUUGAAAGUACCAAUACUAUCUUUUAAGAAUAUAUUUUCAGAGAAUGUUGAAGAUUAUAAGGAACAACUGACGCUGAUGUUGAAUAAAUUCGUGUGGAGUGACGUAUAUCUAUCUGAGAGCAUUCAGUACUGGACGGAUAUGUUUCAGAAAGCGAUUGACAAAGGAAACGAGAACGCACAACUCCGUCACGAACGAGAGGAAACUAUCAAGCGACUGAAUAUGGCUUUAGAAUCUGCGGACAAGAGAGAGUUUUAUGAGAUCUUGCAAACCCCGUGUCUGAACGUCUCUCACUGCAUCGAUGAAUUUGCAGUUCCGUUGUAUUAUCAGGAAAUGAAGGAAGAUCAUAUAGAAUCUGAGAUUAAUAUAAGUUACGAGGACCUGGUUGUUUCUAUACCCAUCUUAUCUGCUGUUGCCGCUAUUACCAAGGCGGUGGACACAGGAAAUCCAGAUUUCGUAUAUGAAAAGCUAUCGAAUCCCGACGCACAUUUAACUGGACUGGAUGAAUUUAAUAAAGUGAAAUAUGCUCGAGCACUAACGAGAGCUCGGCAAGCGAAGCUCAGAGUGUCACAACAAUGUUCUACAUUAACUUACAGCGACAUUCACAAAUGCAUCGAGUCGGUGAACGUGCAGUGCGAUGAAGGUUUCGAAGUUAUAGGGAUUUUGCAACAAAUUAAUCGAGCCGUGGCGGCGAACGACCAUGAGGGUACGAUGAAAGCCGUAAAAAUCAUUACCGAAAAGUUUGAUAUACCUAUAUAUCGGUACGAUGCACCGUUUUAUUUAAAGUUGCUUAAGAAACGUUUACUUGAGAAAGAGUCUGACGAAUCUGAACUGUGGCUGGACGACGUUAAAACCAUAGCGAAGAAAGUAUCAUUAGAGAUCCAGGAAAUGCAAGGAAUGAUAAUGUUUUUGUGCGACAUCAACACGUACGUGGGAAAGAAUAACAUGAUGGAAGCUCUCAACUGCCUGAAAAUGCUUGGUAUACCUGAAAAAUGUUUUAAUGAAAAAUGUAAAGAAAUUACCGAAAAUUUUAAAGGAUUUACCGAAGAAUGCCUAGAGAGAUGUUUUCUAGCAUUGCAGCAGUUACGGAGGCGUAAGCGUGAGGCAUACAGUUGCCCAUAUAUUUGUUAUACUACCAAUGGGGGAAAUAAAAUUUAUGUUGAUUUGAAAGGCGGAACGUAUGAAUGGGAGCGUCCGAGAAAUUUUUCGAAAACUUAUCUUCUCACUAUGGAUGAUAUAAGUGAAACAAUUAAAUCUAUUGCGGAGAAACGUGAGGAAGAUUAUAUGAUGUGCGAUGAAAAAUUGCUCACUAAAUUUCAAGCUUGCAUCAGAGGAUACUCAGCGCGUAAAAGGAUCGCUGACAGAUUCGCGUAUUUCUACGAAUACGAUAAUCUGAAAAAAAUCAUCACACUACAAGCGUGGUGGAGGGGCGUUACGCAGCGAAAAGAGUAUCGCAGACUGUUGCAAAAAAGGAGGCAAAAUGUGUUACUGCAUCAGAGUAAAUUCUCAAAUGCAAAAACAAAUAAGGAUAACAAGAGCGAUAGAUUAAAUCGAUAUAAAAAAUACAACGGUCAAGCGUCGUUAAAGCAGAUCGUAGGUCCGUUGAUCGAGAAGGUUCUGGAGGAGAGGGAUCUCUGCAUAGAAACUAAUCCGGUGGACAUAUACAAGCUUUGGCGGAAUCAGCUGGAGAUGGAAUGCGGCCAGUCUUUGGAUAUGCCCCACGCGGUGUCUCAGGAACAAGCGCUGAAACACAAGCCGGUGCAGGAGUCGCUCACAAGGGCGAUCAAUCAAUUGAAGAAGAUAUCCCUCGAGUUUCUCAACCGAAUAACGCAGUCCCGCGAUCUGAUCCCUUACGGGAUGCUCUACGUUUCGAAGGUCCUGUACAACACGUUGAUAGAGAAGUUUUCGCAUGCUCCCGAGAAGGAUAUCCUGAAGGCGGUCGGCAAUUUGAUUUACUAUCACUUCAUCAACGCCGCGAUCGUGGCGCCGGACACCUUCGACAUCGUCACGUUGCCGGUCGACAGAACGCUGUCCUCCUGCCAGAGGAAGAAUCUGGCUAGUAUAGCCAAGGUGCUGCAAUUCUCCACCUCGAAGAAAGGCUUUGGCGAGGAGGCACCGCACUUGGAGUGUUUGAAUCAGUUCAUAAUCGCCUGCCACGAGAGGUUCAAGGACUUCUUCCGGUACUGUUGCCAAGUGGAAGACCUCGAGGAACAUUUCGACAUUCACGAGUACACGGAGGCGACGCUUAUACAAAAUCCGGAGAUAUGUAUAUCCCUGCAGGAGGUAUGCGAGAUGCACGCUUUGCUGUUGAAUUACGAAGACCAGAUAGCACCGGACCCGUCCGAUCCUUUACACGACUUGCUGGACGAAUUGGGCCCGGCGCCAACUGUGGCGUCGUUGCUCGGGGUAUCCAAAGCGGCGUACGACGCAAAUUUGGCGAGAUACAGCAAGCAGGAGGUGUGCCUGGUGCUAACCAACAAGUUCCAGGUGCCGCGUAACGACGAUACGAAUCUGAGCAAUCUCUUCGUGAAGGCGAAGGAAUUGCUCGUGUCGGUUAUCCCGUUCUUGAAGAGGUCGACGCUCGUGGAGUCGCUGGAGACCACGUCUUCUCCGAUGUGCGUGAAACUGUUCGAUUACUUCGAUUACUCGUCCGUGUCGCCGACGGUCCGCGAGAGCUCGUUCAUAAACGACUGUAAGAUGCAAUUGCGCGCGUACCUCAACAAGCUCGAGCUCGAGGGAUGGAUCAGUCGCGCGGACGGUUAUCAGACGAUCGUGACGGCGAUAGCGAGGGACAUAUGCAACAAGAACAAGUACCGCGUCGCGAGGGACAAGGAGCUGCAGACGCUGCGGGCGACCAAGGUGCGAUUGGACGAGAAAACGCGGUACUAUCAGGAGCAGGUGGGAUUCUACAACGAGUACAUAAAGGGCUGCCUCAAGAAUCUGCACAGCGGCAAGAGUUCGCUUCGCGCGUACCAGGCAGCGCAGAAGGACAUGUACACGCAGUGCAAACUGAGGUCCAAGUUGACGGUCAAGUAUUCCGCGUGGAAGCUGCAGGAGAAGGGCGUGCUGAUGGAGGUCGACCAGGCGCUGAGCCCGACGGAGAUGAAGAACGUGACUUUCGAGAUAAGCCCGACGGAGCACAGCGGCGUGUUCGCCGUGCGCUGCAAGUUUAUGGGCGUCGAGCUGGAGAAGCUCGACAUCAGCAUACAGGAGCUGCUGGAGCUGCAGUACGAGGGCAGGCCCUGCAUGGACAUGUUCGGCAGAGCGAAGAUCAAUGUCAACCUGCUCCUGUACCUGCUGAAUCGCAAGUUUUACGGCAAGAAGAGCUGAGGCGACCGCCACGACAUUCGGAAUUCGAAAUCAACGGUCGGGAGUCGAUUCACGCGUGUCGCAUGUGCAGUUCACUGCUAGCAC